AUGGAUAUUCAAUUUUUACAAAAAUCAAUCGAUACCGACUUAUAUGAAUUUAAGUACUAUUCGACAGAAGCAUGGAAACACAUUGUCCGAGUAGAUGCUGAGACUAACUUCAGAAUAAAACGAUACAGUCCCUAUGCACAUAGGUUCGAUCCUGCUCGAUUCAGACCUUUAGCUCGGGCUGCUUACAUUAACCCCAGAAUUCUCAACUCAUCUAACAAUCGAUACAAUCGACCUCACAACGAUAACAGUGAACAAGUAUCAUCGUAUACGAAUUCCAGGGAGUUUACUACUCCCGUCCCAUAUUCCGCAGAAACCGCAACUUCUAAUCCUACUACUCCAAUACCAACAGCUAAUCAGGCUGAUUCGUCUGCUGGACGAGUAACAAGAACAAAUCAGCGACCAAAACUUGUUCCUAACCAGAACUGCCCUCGUGGACCUCGUGGACCUCCAGGCCGUCCUGGUCUUGUUGGAGAGACAGGAGAAAAUGGAAGAAACGGUGAUGGUGGUAUGCCUGGUUUACACAUCGCACUCGGAAUAGAAUGUAUUCAAUGUCCAAUAGGUCCUCCAGGACCACCAGGUCCACCCGGACCAGCUGGUCCUAGCGGAGAAGAAGGGGUAUAUGAUAGUUAUGUGGGAAGCUUCGGUGUUCCUGGCCCACCAGGACCACCUGGAGAUCCUGGAACACCAGGAUAUCCUGGUCUGCCGGGAUUGGAUGGUGAACCAGGCGAAUCGGCAUUACGACAGAUUUAUCCCGUGCCUCGUGGACCUCCUGGUGUAAUAGGGGAACAAGGCUCACCUGGAAAAAAUGGCUUGGAUGGCCCACCUGGUUUGCCAGGUAGGCCUGGUCCUCGGGGAUUCAGGGGUCGUCCUGGCAAUCCAGGAGGUCGUGGUCGCAAAGGUCUGCCAGGACGGAUUGGUGCACCGGGAAAGCACGGGAAGGAUGCUUUAUACUGCUUAUGUCCUAAAACGAAAAACAAACGAUAG